GCGCUGGCUCCGGUGGCCGCAGGGGCAGUGCUGGGCUUUGCGUCCUACUACGGUGACCACAUGGUGCUGCAGCAGGCACCGGCGGGCGCCGUGGUGUGGGGCUAUGGCACGCCGGGGGCCACGGUGACCUUGGCUCUCUCCAGGGACGCUGGCAUCAUCGUCAUGAAGAAGCUGGUGACAGUUAAAGGAGCUUCUGGGACGUGGAUGACUGUCCUGGACCCCAUGGAUCAUGGUGGUCCCUAUGAGCUGACAGCCACACAGGGCCUGGAGAACGUGACACUGAAGGACAUCUACUUCGGGGACGUGUGGCUGUGCAGUGGGCAGAGCAACAUGGCCAUGACUGUGCUGCAGGUCGCCAACGCCAGCCGGGAGCUGGCCGAUGCCACUCGCUACCCCCAGGUGCGGCUCCUGGCCGUGGCUCCUGCCCACUCCGAUGUGGAGCUGCAGGACCUGCAGCGCCUGGACCUGCCCUGGGCUGUCCCGACAGCCGCAAACCUGGGCCAUGGGAACUUCACCUACUUCUCGGCCGUCUGCUGGCUGCUGGGCCGUGCCCUUUACGACGCCCGGCAAUACCCUGUGGGGCUGGUGGAGGCUGCCUGGGGCGGGACCCCCAUUGAGGCCUGGUCCUCCCCGAGGGCUCUGCAGGCCUGUGGGCUCCUGGAGGACACGGGGAGAGUGCCCCCCAGGCAGCCCCUGUCAGGCCCACAAGCGCCCUCGGUGCUGUGGAAUGCCAUGAUCCACCCCCUGCUCCGCAUGGUGCUGCGCGGCUUCGCCUGGUACCAGGGUGAGGCCAACGCCUUCCUGCACAGGGAGCAGUACAGCUGCAGCUUCCCCGCACUGAUCGCCGACUGGCGCCGCACUGCCCACGCCGCCUCGGCCGGGCAGAGCCAGCCCCUGCUGCCCUUCGGCUUCGUGCAGCUCUCCACCUACCGCCGGCAGAGCCCCGACGACAGCUUCGCGCGGCUGCGCUGGCACCAAACGGCCGAUCUGGGGGUGGUGCCCAACGCCAGGAUGCCAAACACCUUCAUGGCCGUGGCCAUGGACCUGGGCGAUGAGCACUCACCCUACGGCAGCAUCCACCCGCGGGACAAGCAGACCGUGGCCCACCGGCUGCAGCUGGGCGCCAGGGCCGUGGCUUACGGGGAGAAGGCUCUGGUGUUCCAGGGGCCGUACCCCACCCGUGCCAUCCUGGAGGUGACCAAGGGGCUGCUGAACCUCACCUAUAGCCAGGAGCUGGUCUGGCGGCGGAGGGACAUCCUGGCAUUCGAGGUUUGCUGCUCCAGCCAGCGGGGGUGGGUGCCAGCGCGGGUGGUGGCAGUGGGGUCCCACACGGUGACGCUGGCAGGCUGCGGACCGCUGGUGCUGGGCUUGCGCUACGCCUGGGCAGAGUGGCCCUGUGAGUACCAGGGCUGUGCCCUCUACAACAGCCAGGGGGUGCCUGCACCUCCCUUCCUCCUGGACACCUCGAGGGAGGCCCUGGGAACAGCCCAACCGGCCCGGAUCAAGGAGCUGCUUCUCCUCCCUAGCUCCUGA